AGUGGCGGCCCGGCCCGGCAGCGCCCCCUCCUCCCUCCCCCUCCCCAGCUCCUUCUCCAUCCCCAGGUCCAAGAUGGCGGCGGCGGCGGCUCCUCCGGCCCCAUCCCCGCCGCCCCCUGCCCCGGCGGGCCCGCGUUGCCCGGGCUCCUGGCCCAACUUCGCCGUUGUCUGCUCCUUCCUCGAGCGCUACGGGGCCCUGCUGGACCUGCCUGAGCUGCCCUUCCCCGAGCUGGAGCGCGUCCUGCAACCGCCGCAGGAGCCCGGAGACCAGGUCCCAAAAGAAUUGGUGGAGCUUCACUUGAAACUGAUGAGAAAAAUUGGGAAGUCUGUCACAGCAGACAGAUGGGAAAAAUACUUGAUCAAGAUAUGUCAAGAAUUCAACAGCACUUGGGCUUGGGAGAUGGAAAAAAAAGGAUACCUAGAAAUGAGUGUUGAAUGCAAACUGGGGAUUCUGAAGUAUCUCUGCGAAUGUCAGUUUGAUGACAAUCUAAAGUUCAAGAAUAUCAUUAAUGAAGAGGAUGCUGACGCCAUGCGUCUGCAGCCCAUUGGUCGGGACAAGGAUGGCCUCAUGUACUGGUAUCAGCUGGAUCAAGAGCAUAACGUCAGGAUGUACAUAGAAGAACAGGAUGACCAGGAUGGAUCCACAUGGAAGUGCAUUGUUAGAAACCGCAAUGAACUUGCUGAGACCCUUGAGCUCUUGAAAGCACAAAUUGAUCCUGCUCUGUUGAAAAACAACAAUUCUCAGCAGGAGAAUUCAUCGCGUGAAAGUCCAAGCAUAGAAGAUGAAGAGAGCAAAAAGGGUGAAGAAGCAGCCACACAAGAAAAUCAAUUGAAAAUCAAAGAAGAAAAAGAGGAGGUGGAGGAACAGUCAGUGGAAUCAGAAAGCCUUCCUCCUCCUGUUGUCAAAGAAGACGAGAAUACGCUUAAAAGUGAGAAAGUAGAAGAAAAAGAAAUUAUAAAAUUACCAGUAAUAGUGAAAUUAGAGAAACCUUCAGAACACAAUGAAGAAAAGCAAACUGUCAAGGAAGAAAGUGACUCCUUUAAGGAAAACGUCAAGCCUGUUAAAGUAGAGGUGAAGGAAAACAAAACAGAGCCCAAAGACCUAAAAGAAGUAAAAAGCUGUAUGGACAAAAUAGCAGUUCACGAGCCAGAGAGGUUAGAAUUUUGUGUUAAUGUCAAAACUCCACAAGAAAUUGUGGAGAAAUCUGUGGAAGAAAGUGAAAAACUUAAAAAUGACCAACAGGCAAAAAUACCACUUAAAAAGCGAGAGAUCAAACUGACAGAUGACUAUGAUAGUCCAAUAAAAGGGCCCCUGUGUAAAUGUGUUACUCCAACAAAGGAUGUCUUGAAGGAAGAAGGGAAACCAGAAGAAGAAGCUUUUAAGAGAGUCCCUACAAUUACUGCUUUAUGUCCUGAUGGGAAAGUGCUAGUAAAUGGAGAGGUUAGCUGUGAAAAAAUAACCCCAAGUGUCAUACAAAAUAAUAAGUCAGAACACUCGGCUGGUGCAAUGGAAGACAGUACCUCAUUAAAAGAGAAAAAUGGAAAAAGUGGGGAAAAAGUAUUAGACUCCCUAAAUUCUGUUAGUAAAAUUAUAAAAACAUGUGAGAUUGAGAAAAAUGCAGUAACGGUGCUGAAAGAGAUUGGGGCUGUGGUCUCUGAGGUUUCUAAUCAGCAAGUGCCUUCAAAGGAGGAAUCUAGUCCUGUGGAAAAAGAGUCCCUUGACAGCACAACUACUGAGACGGUAGCUGAAGAGUCUUCAAACUCUGAAGACUGUGCCAAAACAACUGAAGAGAAGCAAGCCACCGAUCUCAAAAACGACAGCCUGCCACCACCCAAAGAAUGUUCAGAGAAGCUGGAGAUGUCCCCAAAUGCAUCUGCUCCUGCAGAACUGCCUAAGCUUGCACUGGCUGAUGAAGAGACUUUGAAAAGUAAAGAUGAGCCUGAGGAGAAAAACAACUCUCCAAAAGCUGCUGAGAUACCUCCUGCAUCCACUUCUCCUGUUACAGUAGAGAAACCUGUUUCAAGAAAGGAGGACUCCGAUAGUAAAACAGCUUUACCUGAGGAGAGCAAAGCAGAAGAAAAAUCCAGCCCUGAAAAACAAGAGGAAGAGCCAGAAGCUGCCAAAACAGAGCCAGAUAGAUUAGGUGAUGCCCAUGCAUCUAAUCUAGAGGACUCCUCAGAGAGUAAAAAGGAAUCUCCAGUACCUAAAAGCAAAUUUAAAUAUAAGCUAGUUUCUGAAGAAGAAACCUGUGCAACAGAGAAUAAAGAAAUAACUUCUGAAAGACAGAAAGAAGGAAUUAAAUUAACAAUCAGGAUCUCUAGUCGGAAGAGAAAGACAGAAACACCACCAGAAGAGGUCACCAUUGGCCGCACAUUAAGGCGGUCACCAAGAAUAUCCAAGCCUACUCCGAAAGUUGUGGAGACUCGGGAUCAGAAGCCUGAGAAGAAACGACCUGAAGAGGAAGAGGAGAAACCUGCAGCGGCACAAAAACCAGAACGAAAAGAAGAUGCAAAAAAACAAGAGAAGGAGACAAAUUCUAAAGUUAACAAGAGAAGCAAAGUUCGGUGGACGGGUACACGGACACGUGGCAGGUGGAAAUACUCAAGUAAUGAAGAGACUGAGGACUCUGAGAGUGAAAAAAACUCUGAGGAGGAGGAAGAAGAGGAGGAAGAGGAGGAAGAAGAAGCUCCACCUGCUGAUGAUGAUGAGCCUUGCAAGAAGUGUGGCCUUCCCAAUCAUCCUGAGCUGAUUUUGUUGUGUGACUCUUGUGACAGCGGCUACCACACAGCCUGCCUUCGCCCUCCACUGAUGAUCAUCCCUGAUGGAGAGUGGUUCUGCCCGCCUUGCCAGCAUAAAUUACUCUGUGAGAAAUUAGAGGAACAAUUACAAGAUCUGGAUGUUGUCUUAAAAAAGAAGGAGCGUGCAGAACGCAGAAAAGAGCGAUUGGUGUAUGUGGGCAUCAGUAUUGAGAACAUCAUUCCACCUCAGGAGCCAGAAAUACCUGAAGGCCAGGAAGAAAAGAAGAAAGAUUCCAAAAAGCCCAAAUCAAAACUCGAAAGGAGAUCUACCAGAACCCGAAAGUGCAUAAGCUACAGGUUUGAUGAAUUUGAUGAGGCAAUUGAUGAGGCAAUUGAAGAUGAUAUCAAGGAGGCUGAUGGAGGAGGCAUUGGCAGAGGCAAAGACAUGUCAAAUAUCACAGGUCACCGUGGAAAAGACAUUUCCACAAUCCUAGAGGAAGAAAGGAAGGAAAACAAGCGACCACAAAGGGCUGCUGCAGCACGACGCAAGAAACGACGGCGACUAAAUGACUUGGAUAGUGACAGUAACAUGGAUGAAGAGGAGAGUGAGGAUGAAUUCAAGAUCAGUGAUGGAUCUCAGGAUGAGUUUGUUAUAUCAGAGGAAAAUCUAGAUGAAAGUGAAGAUGACCCACCAUCGAACGAGGACAGUGACUCCGAGUUCUGUGCCCGCAUCUCCAGACGACACCUCUCUAGGCCCAUGAGGCAAAGCAGGCGGUUACGAAGGAAAACAGUCAAGAAAAAAUACUCUGAAGAUGAUGAAGACGAAGAUUCUGAGGACAAUUCAAGCAGAGAGUCUGAGAGUGGUGAUUACACAGAUUACAGUGAUGAUGAUUACCUGGAAACCAGGAGGAGAAGAUCAAGACGGAAUCAGAAGAGACAAGUUAAUUAUAAGGAAGAUUCAGAAAGUGAUGGCUCACAGAAAAGUGUCCGAUAUGGGAAGGAGUUGAGAAGAGUUCAUAAACGCAGGCUCUCCACUUCAGAUAGUGAAGAGAGCUACACAUCUAAGAACUCUGAAGAUGAUGAAUCCACAAAGGAGUCAAAGCGAUUGAUUCGAAAACGUCGGCGAAGUAUGGAUGACUAUUCUGAGGAAGAAGGAGAGGAUGAGGAGGAAGAAGGGAAGCCUGUCCGCAAACGCCUGAAUCGAAUCGAGACUGAUGAGGAAGAUACCUGUGAAAAUGCAAAUGACGACACAGAAACCCCCGCUCCUGCAGAUAAGCUGCCAGCAGCACAAGCCCCCCAAGACAACCCCAAGAAGCACUGCUACCGGAUAGAGAGCGAUGACGAAGAUGACUUUGAUAACGUAGGGAAAGUAGAGAGCCCUUUGGACUACAGCCUGGUGGACUUGCCUUCCACCAAUGGACAGAGCCCAGGGAAAACCAUUGAGAACUUGAUUGGCAAGCCAAGUGAGAAGACCCAGGCUCCCAAGGACAGCACAGCCAGCGCCAGCCUGGCGCCCAACGGGACAGGGAGUGGGCAGGAAGCAGUAGGGCCGGAGGAAGAUGAAGAUGAACUUUUGAGAGUGACUGACCUUGUUGAUUACGUCUGUAACAGUGAACAGUUAUAAGACUUCCAUUUUUGUGCUAAUUUAUUCCACGGUAGCUCAUACCAGCGGGCCAGUUAUUAAAAGCUGUUUUAUUUUUCCUAGAAAAUUCUCCACUACAGUAUCACUUUCUAGAAGCAAGAAUUUCACCAGUCCUGCAGUCUUUCUGUGAAGUGACCAGUUUUGAACUUUGAAUUGCUGUAAAUUCCCUCUCUUACCCCCCCUCCUCCUUCCAAGUCCAUGGUCCUGGGUAAUUUCACUCACAAAAACCUUAUAACAACAAGAGAUUUGUAUAUUUUUGACUUUAUAUUUCCUGAGUGCAUACAAAUUUGUGGAAAUGGGUGGCCUAAGAAAGCAUUCCAAAUCAGUCAGGGCCCAAACCGGAACUGGGGUGGGUUUGACUCAAGGGGUGGGGGGACGGGAGGGGGGUGGUGCAGAAGCACUUGUGCUUUAGCUUUUUCAUAUGAGAUAUAUAUUAUAUUUAAAUGUUCACAACUUAGAUUACAACUUAACAGACAGUUAAAAGCAAAAUUAAUGUCUGUACUGUCGCAUUUUGUGAGUUGUAGGUUAACAUACCAUAGCUCAUUUUAGUAAUCACCUUCAUGGAAGCAGUUUGAUUUUAAUACUGGAGGCAAACAGAAUUAUUAGAGGCCAAGAAGGUACCAUAAACAAGAACUCUGCUAUCCAUUAUGACUUGCAGACUUUCCUAAUAAACAUCCUUUAAAGUGUUUGUACAGUGAA